CUUUCACUGAAUUUUCCUACUGUUAACUACUUCUCAGGAAAGAAAAUGAUCUGAACGAUAAAACUGAAAUUGUUCACAAUGAGUUGCUCUGCUACCAAAACUACUAACAAUCCAUCUUGGUUAUCGUUCAUUCACAAUAAUGGUCUCCCAAGACGUCAGGAUGGUCCUUGGGCGUGGCUGGUACUUUGUGUUUUCUGUAUUUGUGCCGUUUCUCAGGGAGGAAUUGCGUUCGGGUAUGGAGUCAUUCUUCCAGACUUAAUGGCGUCUCUCAAUGCGAAUCGAGAAAAAACAGCACUCGUUGGAUCAUUGCGGUUGGGUGUUACGUUCUUUUCGUCCGUCUUUGCCAGUARAAUUUGUGARCUAUAUACUUGUCGUAUAACCGGAGGUWUAGCGAUGAUACUACAAAUCGCUGGMUUCGUCCUGAGCUCCAUUUGUAAAUCAAUAUAUCCUCUUUACAUCACGUAUAGCMUACUGACAGGUUUAGGAGGUGCUCUAGCAUUCACGUCAGGAUUCAUCAUUCUCAGAAAGUACUUCAACAAACGCUAUUCCUUGGCUGUUGGUAUAGUUUCUGCYGCGGCUGGUUUUGGGACUUUGAUUAUUGGACCCGUGUUAAAGGCAAUGUUGGACAGUUUCGGCUGGGAGAACACAUUCCGUAUUUAUGCGGGGACAUAUGCAGGUCAGCUGUUUCUACUCUAUGUUAUGGACCCAAAUGUUGAAAAAGAGCAACAACAAGCUGAAGGAACAAAGGCAGGGAAGUUAACCCGAAGUGGUGAUAAAGUUCAACGAAAAGUUGUCCUGGGAUUUCUCGAUUUGUCAGUGUGGAUGUUCCCUGAAUACACCAUAUGUGUUAUAGCGAUAUUCGUGGGUAGUUUCGGACAGUACACGGCUUUGAUUCAUAUGGUGAAAUUCUCUGAAGAGUUGUCCGUAAGCAACGGCUCUACGCUGUUUGUGUUCUUUGGUUCUGCGACAGUCGUAUCAAGACUAAUAUGUGGAAGACUUUGUGAUGUCAGUUUUAUCAAACCAAGAUAC